AUGGUGAUGUUUUACCUUUAUUUUGCCCAAAUGUUUUACGGCGAACAGGUUGUCCUCGCGGCUUCCAUCAUAGGCAAGUCUGGGAAAGGUGAGCCUGCUAAUAACCGAAAAAAAGAAUCCCUCAAUUGAGAGUUUUAAAAAAAAAAAUCGUUGCAUCUCCAAUGUUUGGCGUGCAUUUAGGUGGUUGCGAUCCUUUAGGUCUCAGGUUUCGUUUUUUACGUCUCAUUAUCUACCGCCUCAUAGUCUUCAUUGAAAAAUUGGACGUUACAUCUCCAGAUAUAAAUUGCAAGCCAUGAUGUAGUGGCCAACUACCAUUAGAAAACAGCCAUGCGACAUUACAAUUCAUUAGUGAUGGAAGCUUGAGCUUCGACGCAUGUAUCAGUUAGGUCCUUGUCUUUGGUUUCCGUCAUUGUCCUCCCAUUGUUAUAUACUAAUAGCUUCAGGACAUUAAUCUUGUAUGCUUGUAAUUAUCCCGGUUGUCGUUCUCAGGACAUCUGCUUGCUGCUUGGUUUUCAGACUCCUGCUUCUGUUUACUUUCCAUAAAGUUCGAUUUGUAGCUCAUGACGAUAUUAUAACUUGGUUUACAAGCUUUAAUCGGGCUAGAUAUCAAAAGAAAUCCAUUUUUUUGUGUGUAUAUUGCCAUUACAUAUGUAUUAGUUAUAGUUGUCGUUUUCAUAUUCAUGUUCCUCUGCAGCACUUGUCUCAAGGCAGUUUGUGGAUAUGUCUCGAAUAAGGAUAGAGGGCCUACUCGCAGCAUUUCCAAAGCUUGUUGGUACUGGAAAGCAGCAUACCUUUGUCGAGACGGAAAAUGUACGCUAUGUCUACCAGCCGAUUGAAGCUCUCUAUUUGUUACUCGUAACAAACAAGCAGAGCAACAUUCUUGAAGAUCUGGAGACACUGAGACUUUUAUCAAAACUUGUAUCCUCAUCUGAUUUGGUGAUGAAAUUUUCACCCAUUUUAUAGUUCGACUAGUAACAUCCUCAUGAUCUUAACCAUGUAAACUGCAUUUCUUUUUGGGCAAUGAUAAAUUCAGAUAUAGUGAAGUUGGUCGUUGAAUGUGCCAGAAAUAAAGUGAUGAAAGAUUGUUAUAGCCGCAUAACAAAUUGUCACAACAUCAUAAACAAGUAUAAGGAAUGGAUACUUAUAAUUUAGUUUUUACACGCCAAAAUCACUUUAAUUUUACCUUUUUUCUGUUGUUGAGAAAACAAAGUUAUUUUCCUCCUCUCUGCAUAAGUAAAAGAAAUGGGCAUAACCUUUUACACAUCUAUUCGUUUUAUGAAAUGGUUUGGUUCUUCUGGUUGUUAGCGAUCUAUUUUUACAGUCGACUCUUGUUGCAUUACUUUAGAAGAUCCUUCCAACAGAUUUCUGUUGAUUCCUUAAGUACUUUUAGGUGCCUGAGUAUGCUUCCUCUCUUGAUGAAGAAGGUAUCUGCACAAGUGCGUUUGAUCUGAUUUUUGCCUUUGAUGAAGCUAUCUCUCUUGGAAACAAGGAGAAUGUAACUGUUACUCAGGUCAGGCAAUACUGUGAAAUGGAGAGUCAUGAAGAAAGAUUACACAAGCUCGUAAUGCAAAGUAAGAUUAAUGAAACCAAAGACGUUAUGAAGAGAAAAGCCAGUGAGAUUGACAAAAGCAAGGUGAUUUCUAGUGCUUUACACUUCUACUUGGUAACUUGGGCCUGCUUUUGUACACAGUUUUUUCGUUUCGUGGUCAAGCUUAUAGUAAUCUGCUGCAAAAAAUACGUAGGAAUAAAACUGGUUAACGUUGCAUAUGUAAGUAAAUCGCAGAAUAACCUGUAAAUGAUAGAAAGAUAUAAUUUUGUUGGGAUUGUAAGUUAGAGCAUCUGAGAAACUUAGGAGAUGAUAAAAUGCUAUAUUAAAACCGUGUCAUUUGCCAAUUUCAUGCAGUCUCAUUUAGUCUUAGAUCAGUCAGGGAAAUUGAAAAUAAAGUAUAAGGCGUCUACUUGGAGGGAUAUGAUUGCUCUUUUGGACAUUGAUCUGUGCAAAAUACUUUUCCAGACAUGCCUGAGAACUGGGAUUGGUAGAGCCUUACCAAUUGUUGGCCACUGGCUUAUUUAAUUGUUGAAGCCUCGCAAAUUGGGCCAGGUGGAGCUGAUUUUAUGGGCUAGCCCUGUCCAUUGGGGAGUUUAUCCUUGUCUGUUUGGUAAUUAAUAUUUUGCAUUUACGUUUUCAUCAAGUCUCCGUAUAUGAUAUACGUGUUAAACAUCACUUUCUUUCCCUUUUGAAAAUUGGGCAUGUGAACUUUGUCAGUGAAAAGAGCGAGAUUGGAGACAACAGUUUCCCCUCAUAUCACAUAUACUUUUGUUCUUACGAAAGCACAGCGGUUGAAUACCAAAGUCCUACUUAUUCUUUUGUUUUUCUUGGACAAAAGGCUUUUGAUUAAAUUUAUGUAUUUUUUAAUCAUGGCCUGUGUUAUUUUAGAUUGACAAAAACAGAGGUGAAAAAGGAGGUUUUAUGUCUAUGUCAAGCUUAGACAGGAUUGAAAGUAGCUUCAAUGACAUGAGCAUAUCUAGCAAUGGAAGUGGAUUUGGAAGUGCUUCUGGGUUUGGCUUGAGCACUGAUACUGAAUCUUUAUCAAGCAAAACAAAAGGUGUGUAUUGAAAUGUGUACGGGUAUUUUCAAAUUUUUUGGCCGCUUAGAAACCGUUUGAUUUUUAUUUCUUGCAUAAUUAUUUCAAAAAAGCAGCAAUUCCAUCUGACAACCGAGAACAGUUCAAGAAGUCGUAUCAGCAUUUUCAUUUCUACCACAGACGGUUAUAUUCAAAUUUUUUUACAUAAAACCUUUCAGAUAGCUUGAGUAUGUUUUAAAUAAUAAACUACGUGCAUUAUAAAGAAAAAAUAAUCCCUAAGUUUAAAGCCAUACUCUGCCAUGAAACUGGAUGACUGCUGUACAGAAGCCAUUUUUCAGUUACAUUAGCGACCUUAGUCAACUAUCAAACUGCGUAGCUGCUGUACUGGUCCUAUCAUCAGCUGCAUUUCCUUUCUGGUAAUUUACCCAGAGUCUUUGAAACGCACAUCUGGCUUUUAUUUCCUUUUUCCUUUUAAAAGACGAUGACGCGACCUAAAUCUGGUAUAAUAUCUCUUGACCACUGCAUCUUUUUUUCUUGUCUCCCACUACCAUAGGGCUUCCUGCAUAUACUCUGGUGUCUAUAUUUUCUAUGCGAUAAUCGUCUGAUAGAAUUUGUAUUUCUAAACAAAUCCUAUAUGAUCAGUGUCCAUUAUAUCACCCAUAUCCUGAUAAUUGUAAAAUUUUAUUUACUAGAAGCCUUGUCAAGGGGAUUUUGGACAUGAUGUAACUUUUACAUCUUUAUUAACCAGAAGGUGAAGUAAAUUUUCACAUCUGAGGCAGUAAGAUUUUCAUGAGACUAACCUUUUGGAUUGCCAGGUCGUCCACCUACGUCUGCCAAUGCUCCUCCUAAAGGCCUUGGUAUGAAACUCGGUAAAACGCAGCGGACAAACCAGUUUUUGGAAUCUCUCAAAGCUGAAGGUGAAGUGAUUAUUGAAGAAUUGAAGCCAAGCGCUAUUCAGUCAAAGGGUUCCCUUCCACCUACUGAUCCCGUCACACUGACCAUUGAAGAGAAGCUUAAUGUUACGAUUAAAAGGGAUGGUGGGGUUGGUGCCUUUGAUAUACAUGGUACACUUGCUGUCCAGAUUCUCAAACAAGAUGACGGGUUCAUCCAACUUCAGGUUCUCUCUCUCUCUCUCUCUCUCUCCCUCAAUUUAUGUAUAUAUAUAGAUAUAUAUAGAUAUAUAUCAUAUGCACCAAAGGUCAAUCUGACAUGCACAGAGGUACACCCCUCAGAAAAAUGCUUUUUGACAAUUCACAUAAUUCAUCAUAUGUGCAAUGCAAUUGGUCUUCACAAUGUGCUUGCUUGUCUUAAACAACUUCGAAUAACAAAUUUACUUUUCAUUCUGCACAGCUUCCUGCAUAUUAUUGGCUUCAGUAGAUGGAUCUUUUCUUCUAUGGGAUUUCUACCUUUAGCUCUUUUAAUACUCUACUACAGACAGACGAUGAAAAACACCCACUAAUUUUAUUUUAUUGUAAUCUCCUGACUGAAAAACAUGCCUUGUUUUUUUUAUUGAAUAUAAAUAACAAUUUAUUUAACUACAGGUUGAAAACAGAGACAUUCAUGGCCUCAGCUUUAGAACUCAUCCCAACAUCAACAAAGAAUUAUUUAACAAUGAGCACAUCAUAGGCCUGAAGGACCCCAAGAGGCCUUUCCCAUGUGGUCAGAAUGAUGUCGGUCUUUUAAAGUGGAGAAUCCAGGGCAUGGACGAGGCAGCUGUACCAUUGACUGGUUUGUGACUGAAUCCACAUUUCAUUGUGGCUUCAAGUAUUUAUGUGAUUGCAUUUACAUCACCUUUUCCUCAUCUACAGUAAACUGCUGGCCAUCUGUUUCUGGAAAUGAGACUUUUGUCAACAUCGAAUAUGAAGCAUGUGAACUGUUUGACCUACACAACGUUGUGAUCUCAGUACCACUUCCUGCACUCAGGGAAUCGCCCGGUGUGAGGCAGAUUGAUGGAGAGUGGAGGUGAGCUCGUUCAGCUCAAAAACAUUUGCACAUCUUUUUUUCCCCGCUCAUAAUGUAAAAGAAUAGAAUUAAUUUAUUUCUUUAACAUACAGGUAUGAUCCAAGGAGCUCCACUCUGGAAUGGUCUGUUCUUCUCAUCGAUAGCUCCAACCGCAGGUAAUUUGCCCUUGCAAAGCUUGUCUGAUAUUUUCCAAUACUCUCAAUCUGAAAAAAAAAAAAAAAAAAAAAAAACUAUUGAACUACUUAUUCUCUGGCAGUGGCUCGAUGGAGUUUGUUGUUCCUCCGGCAGAUACAUCUGUCUUCUUCCCAAUCAGCGUCAGAUUCACUGCUGCAAGCACAUUCAGUGACGUGAAGGUUUGACUUCUUUCUUCUUUUUCAGUAUAUUCGUUACCAGAGAUCAGUAGUCUGUAUAGCUUCUAUUUCAUCUCGGUUACUGCUCCGUCCAGUUAUCUCUCAUUUCGAUACAACAUAGCUUUGUAAAUGCGACAAACUGUCCAUGUUCUUUGAACACCAUGAUCGUGUGCUCUGAACUUCCAUUCUUGGGUUAGGACUUUCUACUGCCACCCUGGUCCUGGAAUUGCCUGGCGGCAUGAAAUCUCCCCAAAAAGACUUCUGAUCCUUUCCUCCGAAGAUAUUUCACUUCAGUAUGGUUUGAUCAGCUGCUACACCUGUGAUUUGAGAAAUUUUUGUAUGAAACGGGGCGGUACGGCCCGAUGUGGUCGUUUUCUCUCUCUUCCUCUGCCUCUCUCUCCCAAUCAUGCAUAGGAUAGGGAGAAUGCCGUCGUAAUGAAUAACUCCGUUGACCUUUUCUCCUUGGUAUUGUUUUGGAAAAGGUUUAGCAUGGAGUCCGAGUUGGGAGUUGCUCUUUGACUUCCGUUUGAGGGAACAUGUUGGAAUAGUCCUACUCUGGAAGAAUUUAUUUUUGAUUUAGAUGGCCCCAAAAGAUUAGUCAAAUUAUUCGACAUACUUUCAAAUCAUGCAAAUCCAUGUGACCCAUUUCACCCGAUUACUUGACAUGCCCAUUGCUUGUGCUAUACACACCAACUACUAACUCUGGUGACUCUCUCUCUCUCUCUCUCUCUCUCUCUCUCUCUCUCUCUCUCUGUGAGUAGAUCACAUAUUUAUGAUUGUGCCACAGGUCACUGGCGUUCUGCCACUUCAGGAAGGGCCGCCUCCAAAGUUCACCCAGAGGACUCAACUGAUCACGGACAAUUACCAAGUCAUUUGA